UAAGACGUUAUCACAAAAUGUUAGAACAUAGAAUAAUAGUGUUUCUUAUGUUUAAAUAAUAAUUUAUGAAAAGCAGUGAAAAAAAAGAGCCAGGCAAAGGUACUGGAAUUAUCUACAUACCUGCUUGACUGCAUACUUUCAGUGGGCUUGGCGAAAGAAAAUGAUUAAAUAGUACGGCAGUAGAAAUACUUCGUUUGAAAGGACGUUUUCAAUUAUUAUUUAAGGAGGGCUCAGCGAGUAAAUGGAAUCCCUUCGGUAUUUUAUCUGGCUAAUGGAAAGUUUUCUGUAGUCUUUUUGCGGCGACCAUUGAAAAUUCUUGUGAAAAUGCUGAGAAUGAUUUUUGUUUCCACAACUUUAUACGAAAAAUCGCUAGGUCAAAGUUAUAUGCUGAAUAUUUUCCCAAAUACUUUGUAUGAUGAUGUUCUAAUAUUCCAAAAAGUUCAAGAAAUUCAAAAAUUCAACUCACGAGGCAAUUCACGCAGCACACCGUAUCGUUCAUCGAAGAAGGAAUACCGGUCCGCCACAGUUUCGGCACUGAGGAUCAUCAAAAAUAGAAGCUCCCCUUACAGCAUCUUUGUAGGAGAAGUGAUGUCCGAAGCAGUACGGCAACAUAAUCUCUUGUUGGGGACACACUCGCGAUGAUUCAAACCACGUGCCUUUAUCCUGGGAAAUUUUAUGGUGCUGGAAAUUCUAUUUGGAUGAACUUAUACAUAUAAAUAAAGCAAGCACACCUUUCCCAUCCCCAUCAGUAUCUCGUCCACGGAGUAAACUUUUUUCUUCUAGCCAAGAUAAUGGUAACGGUAAUGGUAAAUGUAAAAAAAAUGGGAAUGUCCUUUAUGUCUUCAUUCAAUAUUAUAUAUAAGGAGGAACUAAGGGGAGGAAGUCCUCAAACUACUUCAGAUUAUUCAGUCAUCAUUAUUCCAGCCUUCAAUACAUGUUAAAACAAAAAUUAUUACAAAAAAAAAUUAAAAUAAAGAUAACUAAAAUGUAAAACUUACAAGAAAAGAAUAAAAUAAAAUAAAAAUCAUAAAAAAAAAGAAGAAGAAGAAAAGAAA